AUGUGGAUUAAACGAUAUGCCGAGCCCGAAGGAUAUGAUCCAGCGUUCAACUGUCUUCUUAAUCGCGAUGGAAUCGAUGAUAAAAUCAACGUUCCGACAUUAGUUCUGCAUGGAGCGGAAGAUCCCGUGAUUCCAGCGGAAGAAGCAAAACAAUGGAGUUCAAAAUUACCUAAACUAUGGAAAUUCGAAAUUGUUGAAAGAGGCGUUCACCAUCUUUCAUUAACGGAACCUGGUGAUGAAAUCGCUGCCCAAUUAGUUCCCCAAUUCAUAAAAGAAACAUUAUAG